AUGGCACCCGGCGAGGAGAAACGGCACCUUCUGAGCGAGGGUGCAGGCGGGUCCUACCUGGGGGCUGUGCAAAAGAACGGGCACAACUCGGUGCAGGAAGAGGCGCCCGCCCUGGAGCUGGGGGUGCAGCGCAGCCGGCAUUGCCACACGCGGGGGGGGGACGGCCACCCCGGCCAGCAGCAGCGGGCACGCAGGAAGCUCUACCUGGCAGCCAGCAUCUGCCUCGUCUUCAUGGUGGGGGAAGCCGUGGGUGGGUACCUGGCACACAGCCUGGCCAUCCUGACGGACGCAGCCCACCUCCUGACGGACUUUGCCAGCAUCAUGAUCAGCCUCUUUGCCCUCUGGGUCUCCUCACGCCCCCCCACCAAAACCAUGAACUUCGGCUGGCACCGGGCAGAGAUCCUGGGGGCCCUGCUCUCCGUACUCUCCAUCUGGGUGGUGACGGGCGUCCUGGUCUACCUGGCGGCCCAACGCCUGAUCUCGGCCGACUACGACAUCGAGGGUGGUGUCAUGCUCAUCACCUCCGCCUGCGCCGUGGCCGUCAACAUCGUGAUGGGGGUGGCCCUGCACCAGACGGGGCACGGGCACAGCCAUGGGGCAGCUGGUGACCAACCCAACGCCAGCGUCCGCGCCGCCUUCGUCCACGUCGUGGGGGACCUGCUGCAGAGCAUUGGUGUCCUCAUCGCAUCCUACAUCAUCUUCUUUAAGCCCGAGUACAAAUACGUGGAUCCCAUCUGCACCUUCCUCUUCUCCGUGCUGGUGCUGGGGACGACGCUGACCAUCCUCCGCGACGUCCUCCUCGUCCUCAUGGAGGGCACCCCCAAAGGGAUGGACUUCAACGCCGUGCGGGAGACGCUGCUGGCGGUGCGGGGGGUGGAGGCCGUGCACAGCCUCCACAUCUGGGCGCUGACGGCGGCGCAGCCGCUGCUCUCGGUGCACAUCGCCAUCAACGCGGGUGCCAGCGCGCAGGAGGUGCUGGAGGAGGCCAGCUCCCGGCUGCAGGGCACCUUCCGCUUCCACACCACCACCAUCCAGGUGGAGAGCUACUCCGAGGAGAUGCGGGACUGCCGGGAGUGCCAGCCCCCCCGCGACUGA